GUUAUGAUGUCAUCACUAGAUAACACUCUGGAGUCUAGAAUCCCAUUAGAAAGCAGGAGGCAGAAUUCUACUCAGUCAGGAUGGCAUAAUGUCUCUUAAGGAAGAAGGAUAUUCUACUAUUCUUUGUAGUCAGUUCUUCAUGGUGGACAAAGGGAUACAAAACCUAUUCCGUUCUGACUCUCCACAGCAGUACCAGGCCCCAGCCCAGCCACCACCUCCAGCCUCUCCUCCCGUCGUCUCCCCCCCAGAGGGUGACCACCACCUAGCCCUGCGAGCCUCCGACGGACCCCUGCCCGGCUCCUUCCCCUACUCCUCUGCCACUCAUCUCAAACGUCUCCACACCGCCCCCAUCUGCUCCUCCAACACAGAGACAGAGACAGCCCAGCAAGAGCCACCGGGCCUGGGCAGGCCCUCCAUCGCCUGCUCCCUGGGAUCCAACCGUCCAGCCGACGACCAGGAACAAACCCAAGACGACGCGGUCUCCUCCAGCACUGACCCCCAGGGGAGCACUGUGGACCCCCACCUCCAGACCCACCCUUACAGAGUCAGACCCCGAGCCCACCGACGAGGGCCUCCGUCGGGGAAGAUCAGCUCGCCCUGCCUGGAGAGGCUGCUCCAGUCCAAGGAGAGCAUCAUCUCACCCAGAAACAUGGGAGGUCAGAGUCCGGGAGGUGGUGGGGAGAGCAUCAUCUCACCCAGAAACAUGGGAGGUCAGAGUCCGGGAGGUGGUGGGGAGAGCAUCAUCUCACCCAGAAACAUGGGAGGUCAGAGUCCGGGAGGUGGUGGGGAGAGCAGCCGUUCGUAACAGCUAGACUCAGACAUGGUCCAUGGAGGAGAUAAGGACUGAUCUGGGCACAGAGUUGACCCGGGAGACACUGAGCUGUAUCUUUCCACAACAGGCUCCCCAAUACAGCAGGGGGCAAAGGUCGGUGUCUGAGCGGGACGCUGUCUCUUUAAGAGCUGUGUGUCAUGUGAUCCAUCAUGUGAUCCAACUACGGUUGGUUUAUCUGCAGUAAGACACUGAGACAUGGAGGAGACAUAUUAUAGACCUGCAGUAAGACACAGAGACAUGGAGGAGAGGAGACAUAUUAUAGACCUGCAGUAAGACACUGAGACAU